AUGGCUACAAUGAAAUUCCCCAACAUAUCUGCCGCCCCUAGCAUGUCUAUAAGCGGAAAUGGAUCGCAAUAUGAAAACGAGGUGGACUUCUACUCCAGUUGGCAGAAUUCCACCGCAGACGAAUACAUCGACAGCAAAAUGCUAUUGGAGAGUUCUAUGACCAACCUAAGUACCGAUAGUAUGCUGGUCAAUAGCCUCACCGAAGAUGAUUACGAGAUAGAAACGAAACCUACCCUUCAUGUUUUCGGAGACAUGCUUAAUCCCACCAACAACAACAAUAAUUUGGCUGAAUUGAAACCCCUUCCUCCCUUCACUGGCUAUACAGCCAACCUAAAUAUCAAUGGUAUUCAAGGCCACCACUACCACGCAAUAUCCCAACGUGGCCAAGAAGAAAACAACAACAGUUAUAACAGUUACAAUGAACAUAAUGUCGUUUCUAGUUCUACAUGUAAUAACAUUAACGAUAAUCCUGAUGAAAUGUUCUCCUGUGAAGACACUGCCAAUGUUAAUUACAUAAAUCCAGAUUCAGUUUCUGGUUCUAAUUACGUAGCAUACAGUCCAAUGGCACAAGGAGAAUGUUUGAAUACUAUCAAGACGGAGAUCAAUACGUAUGACAUAUCCGGUUUGAAUGGUAUGGGACUGUAUGGCUACAUUCACAAUUCAACAAUGGUGGACACAACAGUGAACACUGCCAAUCCUGAAAGUGAAGGAACAUCCAGAGAAAGUUGGGGAUUCGACACCCUUAUGGAAGGAUUUGAAGAUCAAACUGGGAAUUUGAUAGGACAAGAAGGCCUUCCAGAGUAUAUAUUGCCUACGACGCCUCCUAAUGAUUAUAAUGGUAGCAUGGAUUAUAAUAUGAGACAGCACCAGAACACACCAAAUAACAACUCGCAAAUACAAAGCAUAUUGAAUAAUACGCUCAUGCCAUUAUUGCAGAAUAGACUUCAGAACGGUCCACCAGUUAGGCAAGAUUCUUCUAGUUCGACGAAUUACAGUUCUGAUCUGAUAUCUGCCUCCAGUCCCCCUGCCAAUGUUGGUUCAACAACUGACAACCUAAUGCUCACAGUCAAUGGUCGAUAUAUUCCAUAUGUCAAUGUCCACAGUAUGGAAGAUUGCAGAAUGAGGUCACCUGACAUGGCCCAUAACUAUCCUCAUACUACAACCACAACACCGCAUGUCACCAAGAAAGCAAGAAGCAAAGCCCAAAAAAGACGAUCUCCCUGUUCAGGUGUGUACGCAAGAGAUUCAACAGAUGGGAGUGUUGUUAAACAAAAACCAAUGCAUAGAUGUUCCAUUUGUAAUCGCGGGUUUAUAAACAAAUCGAAUAUUAAGGUACAUAUGCGAACACAUACAGGUGAGAAACCUUCAAAUGUGAGGCAUGUGCGAAAAGUUUCCGACAGAAAGCGCAUUUGUUAAAACACCAACAGAUUCAUAAAAGACUUGGUCGAGAUUAAAACUUUUCUGAAUUUUCCGUAGAAGCUAUCACUAAACAAAGUCAUUCCUUUUGGUGGUGAUGUUCGUGAACAUCACACUUAGGAUAUCAAUGGUAGCGGAUACCACCAAUGGCUGAAAACGCACAUAGCUACCAAAGACCCUUUUCCAACCAAACAACUGGUGGAACAGAAACAAAGACAUAUUAGGGGCGGUAUGACAUAUGAAUACAACCCCCAAGACAUUGAAAGAGCUAUCAAGGAAAGGAAAAGAUUUUACCAAAAACCACACAAUAUAGCAAUAAUGAGGAGAAUAUUUGCAAAAAAAAAAGUAGCAGCAAUAAAAAAAAAAGAUUACGACAGGGCCAAUCAAUUAGAUAUUAGGUUGGAUGAGUUGGAUCAAAUGUGGAGGAAUAUUGAAGAAGCGGCUAUUGCGCAGGAACACGCGGCGAAUAACGCAGAAGAGGCUUUUGAUCCUUUCACAAGACGUCCCACAAGACCUGCACCAAGAGUGGUACCUAAACCACCACCACAACCAAGAACGGCAUAAAGCAAUGAUCCUUUUAAAGAUCAUUGGAUACAAUAUCAAAAUGGCCCCUCAACCAGCAUUACCAGUGGGAGCUGUUAGGGAGGCACCGAGACCAGAGGGGAGAAUUUUAGUACCAAAAAGGACCCACAACCUCGAAUCUCACGAGAUGGAAGGAUAAAGAAAACUUUGAAGUACCACCUCCAUAAUUUUCGAUGAUAAUGUAUAUAUGUAUAGAAUACUUUUGUAAAUUGAAUAUUCCCAAGAGAAGUUCAUUAUUUCAGUGAAGAGUUGAUUAGUUGAUUGUACAUAAAAAAUCAUGAUUGUAUUAUAUAUGAUAAGAUUAAUAUUAUGGUUUUCAAUUCUUCUGCCGCAUUUGUGGAAAAAUUGAAUUCAGUAAUAUUUUGUAUGUAUUAUUUUUUGUAUAUG